UAUGAUCAAGCAAAUUCAAAUUUGGUUGCAGGGAGUGAUAUUGAACAUACUGUCCAGCAGUUGCUAGAAAUGGGUGGGCGAAAUUGGGACAGGGAUACAGUUUUACGUGCACUCCGUGCAGCUUACAACAGCCCAGAGGGUGUUGUUGAUUAUUUAUACUCUGGCAUUCCUCCUUCAGCAGAGAUUGUUGUUCCAGUAGCUCAUUUCCUUUCGAGUGAAGCUGCUGGUCAGGAAACGAAUUUGGGAGAACCAGACGGGGACAUUGCUUUCAUCAGGGUCACCAAACUUUCAAUUAGAAAAGGAUCAAAAUAGUGUCUUUGAGUGGUCAUUUUAGUCUCAAAUUAUAAAUUAUGUAAUUUUUUAUUUUACAUUAUAUGUAGAUAUGCACUUAUGAUCUUUAGACCGCUCACAGA